AUGGCGGCUGGCUUCCCAGAGCAACGGAUUCCAGAGAGCCAGAUGGAAGUUGCAGGGUCUUAUAUGGCCGAGCCCCAAAUGGGAGCCCCCCCACCGCCUCCCCGGCGGGGGCGAGGGGUCAGAAUAGGGCUCCUCACCUGCCCCCCUGCCGCCGCCCUCAGGCUGCUGGUCUUCCUGGGCUUGCUGUGGGGCUGGGCAGCCACACUCCCUGGCCCACAGUGGCCUGAGCCCAUGUUUGGGCGCCUGGCAUCGCCUGGCUUCCCCGGGGAGUACGCCAACAACCAGGAGCAGCGCUGGACCCUGACGGCACCCCCCGGCUACCGUCUGCGCCUCUACUUCACCCACUUCCACCUGGAGCUCUCCUACCUCUGCGAGUACGACUAUGUCAAGGUGCCGACAGCUGGCGGGGGGGACGACCCGGACCCUCUCGAGGGCUGGGGGACAGGGACCCCUGGCAGCAGGGAGGGAGGGAGCGAGUGCGGGCCUUGCGUCUCGCCCUCCCUCCCCAUGACUCCAACCCUACAGCUGAGCUCGGGGAGCAAGGUGCUGACCACGCUGUGCGGGCAGGAGAGCACAGACACGGAGCGCGCCCCCGGCAAUGACACCUUCUACUCGCCGGCCUCCAGCCUGGACGUCACCUUCCGCUCCGACUACUCCAACGAGAAGCCGUUCACGGGCUUUGAGGCCUUCUAUGCAGCAGAGGACAUCGAUGAGUGCCAGGUGCCGCCGGGACAGGCAUCUCCCUGCGACCACCACUGCCACAACCACCUGGGUGGCUUCUAUUGCUCCUGCCGCAGGGGCUACGUCCUCCACAGGAACAAGCGCACCUGCUCAGCCCUGUGUUCAGGUCAGAUCUUCACCAACCGGUCGGGGGUGCUCAGCAGCCCUGAAUACCCGCAGCCGUACCCCAAACUCUCAAGUUGCACCUAUGGCAUCCAGUUGGAGGAGGGGUUCAGCAUUAUCCUGGACUUUGUGGGGUCCUUCGACGUGGAGACACACCCGGACACCCAGUGUCCCUACGACACCCUCAAGAUUCAAACAGACAAAGAGGAAUAUGGCCCAUUUUGUGGGACAACGUUGCCCCCUAGGAUUGAAACUAAAAGCAAUGCCAUGACCAUCACCUUUGUCACUGAUCAGUCGGGGGACCACACAGGCUGGAAGAUCCACUACGCCAGCACAGCUCAGCCCUGCCCUGGUCCGGUGGCGCCACCUAAUGGCCACAUCGCGCCGGUGCAAGCCGAGUACACCCUGAAGGAUCGCUUCGCCGUCUUUUGCGAGACCGGUUAUGAGCUUCUCCAAGGUGAUUUGCCCCUGAAAUCAUUUGCUGCCGUCUGUCAGAAAGAUGGAUCUUGGGACCAGCCGAUGCCCACGUGCAGCAUUGUUGACUGUGGCCCUCCUGAUGACCUACCCAGCGGCCAAGCGGAGUCCAUCACAGGCCCUGAAGUGACCACGUACAAAGCGGUGAUUCAGUACCGCUGUGAUGAGUUCUACACAAUGACACCUGAUGACGGUAAAUAUGUGUGUGAGGCUGAUGGAUUCUGGACGAGCUCCAAAGGAGAAACAUCACUCCCAGUCUGUGAGCCUGUUUGUGGAAUAUCAACUCGUACCAUAGGAGGUCGUAUAUACGGAGGGCAGAAGGCGAAGCUUGGUGAUUUCCCCUGGCAAGUCCUGUUACUAGGUCAAGCUACAGCAGCGGGCGCACUCCUGCAGGACGGCUGGAUCCUAACAGCUGCUCACGCUGUAUACGCGCAGAAAGAAGCUGCCUCCUCCUUAGACAUCAGAAUGGGUACCGUGAAGAGACUGUCGGCUCAUUACACACAAGCCUGGGCCGAGGCCAUUUUUAUACAUGAAGGUUAUACUCAUGAUGCUGGUUUUGAUAACGACAUAGCACUGAUUAAAUUGAAGAACAGAGUUGUAAUCAAUAGUAACAUCCUGCCUAUCUGUUUGCCAGGAAAGGAAGCUGAAUCCUUCAUGAGGACAAAUGACAUUGGGACCGCAUCUGGAUGGGGAUUAACCCAGAGGGGUUUUCUUGCCAGAAAUCUAAUGUUUGUCGACAUACCAAUGGUCGACCAUCAGAAACGUACUGCUGCGUAUGAGAAGCACUCCUAUCCAGGGGGGAGGGUAACGGAGAACAUGUUUUGUGCUGGCUUAGAAGGUGGGGGCAAGGACAGCUGUAGAGGGGACAGUGGGGGGGCGUUAGUGUUUCAAGAUAAUGAGACACAGAGAUGGUUUGUGGGAGGAAUAGUGUCCUGGGGUUCCUUUAAUUGUGGGGAAGCAAAUCAGUAUGGAGUCUACACCAAAGUUAUUAACUAUAUUCCCUGGAUCAAGAACAUAAUUAACAAUUUUUAA